AUGGCCGUGAAUCUCAAUGAUCCGUUCACUUUCUGGCUGGACAUGGCCAGCAUGUGGCUGGGCACCUUCUUCUACGGAAUUUACCUCGUUCUAUGCUGCAUUUGCAUCCACAUCCUCCUUCAUCGUCCUCGCCCAUAUUCAGCGUCGACAACUAUCUUCUUCGCCACAGCAAUAACUCUGUUUGUGCUCUCAACGUUGCAGGCCGCCAUCAACUUGUUUCUUGGGUCGGGGGACAUUCUGGGCCUGGACCUGCCAUAUGACAGAUGGGAGUUUGCGGACGACAUGAUCUACGUCGCGAACAAUCUGGUUGCGGAUUCUCUGCUAAUUUAUCGCUGUUGGCUUAUCUGGAACCGAAAUUGGCUCGUCAUUGCGCCAGGCAUCGUUGGACUCAUCGUGACAAACAUUUUUGGCUUCAACCCCAAUACACCACCGCCGCCUUUCUUUGCCCUCACGCUGGGCACCAACGUUUUCAUAACCUUUCUCACUGCUGGCCGGAUUUGGUGGAUAUACCGUACUGUUCACCACCAUUUGAAAGAGGGUGGAAGUUCGAAGCACUAUUCAUCAAGCAUCGCCAUCGUGCUGGAAUCAGGCUUGAUUUACUCGGUUUUUGUUGCGGCAAGACUCGCUGUCCAAGAGCAAGAAAGGAUUCUCGUGGUUACGGAGAUAUUAAGGCAGGUUGUGGGCAUUGUCCCGACCCUCAUCAUCGUUCGCGUCGGGCUGGGAGUCAGUGUCGAAUCGUCGAGUGGAUCGAAAGGGGACCCUAGCUCCUUACACUUCCAUGCCCGGUCCUCGCCGGACAGUCUUGGCAGCGAGCGCAGCUUCAUUGGUGGCUAUGAGGAGCAGCGGCAAUCCGACUGGACUCGCUGGAGGAGAGAGCCCAUAUUUCCUCCUGCGGGUCGAUCAGUAGCAGUCACUUUGGUCUCUCCUCCCCGGCGCAAGCAAUCGCUGCCGGACGUCGAGAAAGAUCCUGGGGGUGUGGAUUUGGAGCUGCGUUUUGCGGCAAACACAAAUGAGUUUAAGGGGUCUGUCCGGGCGGUGCGGCCGUUGCCGAAAGCACCAGAGUAUAGUGCGCGGUGGUAG